UUGUGGUUUUAAAAGUAGAUGUUGGCUUUGGUUUUUGCAUUUUUCUUUUCUUUUUCUAUAGUGAACCCCGGAUAGUAAGCCGAAUACUUCAGUGUUGUGCAUGGAAUGGAGGUGUAUUUUGGCUUAGCCUCCUCUUGUUCUACCGGGUAUUCAUACCUCUGCUUCAAUCAGCAACAGCACAUGUAAUUGGCGACCCCUCAUUACAUGGUGAUGUCUGGUCUUGGUUGGAAUUUAUCCUCACGUCCAUCUUCAGUGCCCUUUGGGUCCUUCCCCUCUUUGUGCUCAGUAAAGUUGUUAAUGCCAUUUGGUUUCAGGACAUUGCUGAUCUGGCAUUUGAGGUGUCAGGAAGGAAGCCGCAGCCUUUCCCCAGUGUCAGUAAAAUCAUUGCUGACAUGUUGUUUAACCUCUUACUGCAAGCUCUCUUUCUCAUCCAGGGGAUGAUUGUGAGCCUGUUUCCUAUUGAUAUCAUCGGCCAGUUAAUUAGUCUGCUUCAUAUGUCCCUGCUCUACUCACUGUAUUGCUUUGAAUACCGUUGGUUUAAUAAAGGAAUUGAAAUGCAUCAACGAUUAUCCAACAUUGAAAGGAACUGGCCUUAUUACUUUGGAUUUGGGUUACCACUGGCCUUUCUCACUGCAAUGCAGUCUUCUUACAUUAUCAGUGGCUGCUUGUUCUCCAUUCUUUUUCCUCUAUUUAUUAUCAGCGCCAAUGAAUCGAAGACACCAGGAAAAGCAUACCACUUCCAGUUACGCCUCUUUUCCUUGGUCGUCUUCCUUAGCAACAAGCUAUUUCACAAGACAGUUUAUCUUCAGUCUAGCCUGAGCAGCUCUUCGUCUGCUGAUCGACUGCCCUCACCGCGCUCCUCACCUGCCAGACUGGCACACUGAACCAUAACCAAAGUGGGGAGGGAGGAUGAGAACUGUUCAGACAAUUGGAUACACGUUCCUGUGAUUCUGUGAAGGGCAGUAAGCAUUCUGCCAUGGGGCUUGUGCAUUUUCUUUUCUGAUCUCUCUUUUAAGCCCCUGUUGGACAUUGGUUUGCAUCUCACUGAGUGGGUAGAAUGAAAUACUUUGGGUGGGUGGGAGGAGUCUGGGUUUUUAACACUUUUGUGAGUUUAUUUCGGAAGUCAGGUUCUUUGCUUGUUUUUAUAGCGUGUAAUGGGCCUGUUUCUGUGUGCUUUUUUGUAUAUUUCCUCACCUCCCCCCAUUUCCCAGGAUGAAUGGUUUUUGUAAUGCAUAUUGUUGUAGCUUUCUGAUGCUGAUGGGGUCUUUACCACAAGUGUUGGAUUUUUCUCAAUGAUCACAGUUCUUUAUAUAGUUAACUCAGGUCAGGAUUUUGUAAUCCCUGCUGUGCUGAAAUGAAAAGUGGAUCAUGUAACAUUAGUGCAAGGUUAAGAUUCCAGAGAGUGGGGAGGGCUCUUCCUCUUCCUGGCAUCUGGUGGCAUCACUUAAUUUUUUGGGUUUGUUUUGUUUUUGUUUUGAAGGGAUCUGCUUUUGGUGGAUGCAGCAAAUUCCUAACCUUAAGAACAGAAUGUAUAGUUUUGUUUUUGUUUUUUACUGCAUCCUUGGAGCUUUUGAAAAGCACCUUCUGAACAUUGAAAGGGAAAUUUGAAAAGCGUACGGGUAAAGUCAGGCACUGAAGUGGAAACUUGUUAACUCUUGUGUCUGGGGUUGUAAUGUUGGCAAUAUACUGUUAAAAUCUUGCAAGAAAUAAUGUUUCUGAGGAACAUCUUUAUGGAUCCUGGGAGUGGAUUUUUUUGUGGGGGGGAAAGGGCUUGUACACAAGGGAGAUUCUAAAAGGUAUCUAUGGAAAAUCAGAUGGUGUCGUUGGUUUUAACAGGGCUUCUGCACAAGUCUACAUAUGGGCCAUUGGUGCUAAGCCCAGUAUGCAAGACAGAGAAUUUGCCUUUGCAACAAGAGUAGAACUUGCUACAGUCAGUUUCAAAGGCCUCCAACUCAAAUAUUGAUAGGAAGCCUGACCUGGAGUUGUACCAGCUGAGUGAAAAUGAUGUACACCAAAGUGCUCCUGUGUGAUUGUAGUUGCAGCUGAAAUUAAGGACUCCUCAGCUCAGGAUAUGUGAACUUCAUAUGUAUUCAUCUGUCUGUGUGUGUACAUAUGUAAUUGUGUAUGCACAAAGAAGUAUAAUGUGGUCCUGAUCUUAGGCAGUAUUCCUUAUGCAUGUCAAUUUCUGUACAGCUAAACAUUAUGAAUUUUUUUUUAAAAAGCCCUCUGGUUUUUGUAGAACUGAGGUCAGUCUACAGACAAACAUUUUCUCUUGUAUUUUCACACUGAACCAUUAAAUGAAAA